AUCAACGUUUAAGGGGAUUUUUGACUGUCAUUGUCUUCAUCACUGAGAGUACGGGGGAAAAAAACCUAGUAGUGUCGUUUCCCGCCAAACAAAAUCAUGUCAACGGCUUUAGAGGCAGUGGGAUUUUUCUUGUGUGUAGCCAGUUGGCUCAUCAUCGGGACGUCUUUAGCCAACGAUUACUGGAGGGUGUCUUCGUAUCAUGGCAGUGUAAUUGUCUCCAAUCGACAGUAUGAGAACCUCUGGCACUCCUGCGCCGAAGACAGCACUGGGAUCGCAAACUGCCGAGACUUUGAAUCCUUGUUGGCACUGCCAGGUUAUAUCCAGGCCUGCCGUGCUCUGAUGGUGAUCGCCCUUCUUCUGGGCUUGGUCUCCACCAUCAUGUCGAUCAUGGGCCUGAAGUGCAUCAAGCUGGGCAGCACCACUGAACAGGGCAAGGCUAGGAUCGCCGUCACCGGCGGCAUCCUCUUCAUUCUAGCAGGCUUGUGUGUUAUGACAGCAUGCAGCUGGUAUGCAUCCCGCAUUGUUGAGGAAUUCAACAACCCAAUGUUUGGAGGCACCAGGUUUGAGCCCGGUGCGGGCCUGUAUAUUGGCUGGGCGGGUGGCAUCCUGGCCAUGCUGGGAGGGUCCAUGAUGUGCUGUGCCUGCAAGAGGGCAUCUGCCGGAGGCGCUGGCGGUGGCUACCCUGGACAUGCAGGAAAGUCUCAAGUCUACAAACCAACCCCCAUGUCUGACCCCGCGAGUGUCAGGAACUAUGUCUGAGGCAUCGUACUGACAUUAACACCACUUGCUCCGAUGAUCUUCCCACAUCUGUUUCCUUUUUUAGUUGGUUACUUCUGCUCAUUGUAGGACCAUGUGGGCUUUAUAAAGUACUAAUACUGUAAAGAUAGCUAGAGGAAGUGGUUUCAGUCUUUUUGACAACGUGUUCUGCUUCUGCAUUACUAAAGAGUAGAAUUUACCUGAGUCUGUAUUUACAACACAGAAGUUUUUUUUUAUUGCAUUACAAUUACCUUGCAUUUGGCGCUUUAUAACCAAAGCGACUUUCAAAAGAGGACAUAAUAAUAGCCAACAACACUAGCAGAUGCAAAGUGCACAGGAAAUAUACAGAACAACAAGUGCAGAUGCAAAGAAGGGAUAGUUCGGGAUUUUUUGUUUUGUUAUUUUGUUAUUGCAAAUUUUGUUUGCCAUACAAGAAACAAUGGCAAACAAAACAAUUAUUUUGUUAUUGCCAUACAUCUAUGUUUUUUUUAACACUGUAACAUAUAUUUUACCAAACCUUAGUUUGUUAUUAGUUUCAAACUGACAAUGAGAAUGAAAUUAAAUA